UCACGAACGAGUCUGCCGCUGAGUUGUGAGAGUCAGAGUCGAGAAGACCGACGCCUGACUCACACGCGCCAGUCAAGAGUCUCAAAAAGCCUCAAGUCAGAGUCAAGCUGAUCAUCUUGAAUUUCUCCCUUCACCGCGCACCCACCAGCUCCCCCAUUCCGAGUCGCUGUGCCACUCUCGACAUCCUAUUUGCGCUCGUCAUCUCUCCGACCGCCUGUCACCGCAUACAGGCACCUGCCCUUUGUCAUGCCAGAGUACAUCUCUCCUGGUGCCGGUGCCGGUGCCAGCGCCAGCGCCAAUGAUGCAGCGCUGCCAAGCGACGGGCUGGUCGGUGCAGAUCAGAUGCAAGCUGCAACGCAAGGGCAAAGCGCAAUCACUUUGGGCAAGACGGUGCUCAUCGACAAUUACGAUUCCUUCACCUACAACGUCGUCGAGUUCUUGUCGGAGCUGGGUGCGGAUCUGAUCGUGUACCGCAACGACAAGGUGACGCUGGAAGAGAUCGAAGCUGUUCAGCCUGUCAAUAUCGUCAUCUCGCCAGGACCCGGUCAUCCGCUGCACGACUCUGGCAUCUCCAUCCCUCUGAUCAAGCACUUUGCAGGUCGGAUACCCAUACUGGGCGUGUGCAUGGGUCUGCAAUGCAUCUACUCUGCCUACACCGGUGUCGUGGAGUUCGCUGGCGAGAUCCUGCACGGAAAGACCAGCGCAGUGGCGCACGAUGGGCGCGGAUUGUAUGCCGGUCUGUCGCCUGCCGCAGUGGUCGGCACGCGCUACCACAGCCUGGCAGCUCAGCUCACAAGUCUUCCGCGAGAAUUGGUGGUGACGAGCAAGACGGAGAGCGGGGUGGUGAUGGGCAUCAGGCAUACCAGGCACACCAUCGAAGCGGUGCAAUACCACCCAGAGAGCAUUCUCAGUCGAGGUGGAAAGGAAAUGUUUGCCAACUUUUUGAGACUCAGAGGAGGCGCUUGGGCAGAGAAUCCACAGGCAGGAAUCGACGAGGCGGCCAUUGCUCAAGCUGAAGCCACAAAGGAACCGAUCAUGGCCAUGACUCAAGCUGGGGCUCCUGCUCCCGGUGCUGCUGCUGCUGCUACCGCUACCGCUGCUUCUGCCGCAGCUGUGGCCGCCGCUGCGGCUAAUGGCAAUCGCGGAAACCCUACAGCUCAGAACGGGUCUUCAUCGAAUCACAGUGCAAACGGAGCAGUGGGCACAAUCUUGGAGCGCAUCCACGUCCAGAGGCUCAAGGACAUUGAAGCUGCAAAGCAAGUGCCUGGACAAUCGCCAAGGGAUCUAGCGACCAACAUCGACAUGCACCUCGCACCUCCUCUGAUCGACUUUGUUGCUCGGCUGACUGCGAACGCUAGUCGAGGAUUGCCAGGAGUCAUGGCGGAGAUGAAGCGGGCUAGUCCGAGCAAGGGAGACAUCGAUCCGCAUGCGCACGCGGGGGCUCAGGCAAUGGCGUACGCCAGAGGAGGCGCAAACGUCAUCAGCGUCUUGACAGAGCCCAAGUGGUUCAAGGGAACGCUCAACGACCUCACUUUGGCGCGCAAAUCCGUAGACGGAAUGCUCGACCGACCAGCCAUCCUUCGCAAAGACUUCAUCGUGGACAUUUAUCAGGUCUUGGAGGCUCGCGCCGCUGGUGCGGAUACCCUGCUGCUCAUCGUCGCCAUGCUGACGGAUGCGCAACUGAGAACACUGUACGACGCGAGCACGAGCCUAGGCAUGGAGCCGUUGGUGGAGGUGAACAAUCCCGAAGAGAUGCUUCGAGCCAUCAAGCUGGGAGCCAAAUUGAUUGGCGUCAACAAUCGGAACCUGCACGACUUUAAUGUGGAUAUGGGUACCACCAGCAGAUUGGCGGAAAAGGCUAGAGAAGCUGGCGUGGUGCUUUGCGCACUCAGCGGCAUUACCGGAAGGGGCGAUGUGGAGAAGUACCUCAAGGAAGGGGUCGGCGCGGUGCUUGUUGGUGAAGCGCUGAUGCGAGCCACCGAUAAGAGGGCUUUCAUACACGAUCUUCUUGGUCUGCCUGAUUCGGCUGCUUCUACACAGCUAGCGUCAGAAGCUCCUGCAGGCCCUUCGAGCGGCAUCUCGGCCUUUGGGGCAGGCGUUCAAAACGCAUCAGCAAGCGCUUCUGCCCCGCUUGUCAAGAUUUGCGGCUUGCAGACCGUCGAUGCUGCCGUCACUGCCACGCUCGCAGGGGCAGACAUGCUGGGCAUGAUUCUAGCACCUGGAACCAAGCGGACCGUGCCAUUAGCACAGGCGUCGGAGAUCAUCAACGUCGUCAGAUCCCUGCGAGGAGGUCAAGAGUCUGUGAGGAGCGCCGUGUCUAGUCUGACGGCAAAGCAGGCCUUGAGCGACGCUCAAGCCCAAGCUGCGGGCUCUGGCGCUGUCGGAUCUGACGCUCUGACUGCUGCGAUGACGCACGUGGCGGGACAGGACUGGUUCGAGUACCAAGCAGAUCUCAUUCGCUCUCAUCCGCACAAGCCUCUGAUUGCGGGUGUAUUCAGAGAUCAGCCGCUGAGCGAGGUGGUUCAGACAGCCACGGCUCUCAAAUUGGACGUCGUACAGCUGCACGGAAGAGUGGAAGAGGUGGAGUGGAGCAAAUACCUGCCCGGGGUGAUUGUCAUUCGGGUGUUUCACGUCGGACCCAAUGACGGGCCGGGAUCUUCGAGUCUUCGAGAAGCAAACCGACCUGGCUACCAUCACAUUUCUGCCCUGGACACGGCGGGCACAGCAUCCAGUUCCAGCGGUGGAAAUGGCGGAACAGGCCAAACUUUUGAUUGGGCCGUCGCGAACAGGUUCGCGAGAUCCGAUGCUGCGACUGCUCGAGUACCCGGCGCAAAAGCCAGAGUACAACCGCUCAUCCUUGCCGGAGGACUCUCUGCGGAGAAUGUGGCGAUGGCGGCCAAAGCUGUGGGAGAGGGUGCUCUGCUCGCUUUGGACACUAGCUCGGGCGUCGAGACGGAUGGUAGAAAGGAUGCGGCCAAGAUUCAGGCAUUCUGCAAAGCUGCAAAGGAAGCCUUUCUUACUUCUUCUACAUGAUCCAGUCACUUUCGUAAUGUUUAAUGUGCUCCCUUGCGGACCUGUUCCAUUUCCCCCCUUCACCUUUGAUGUGAUUGCGGGGCUGCUGCAAUCCCCUUCGCGCAGUCUCUAGCCCCGCUAAAAGUUGGCCUUUGCACAUGGUUCUCGGGAUUUCAGUGCUGUCGUGUCGUGCCGAUCGAUGAUCCCGAAUCGAGGCGUCCGCGGGUUGCACAGGCUGCCUUCACGCAACCCUAAUUGUCGAUAGCGCCGCUUCUUCCCCGUGCUCUUGAGGUGAC